ACGCCCGUCUCCACGUGUCUCUCUCCGCAGAUUAGAUCCCACCCGCAGUUUGGCGACCUGUGCCAGAGGGCCACGGCCACGUCCUGCUGCCCCAGCUGGACGCUGGGGAAUUACAUCGCCGUCCUCAACAACAGGUCGUCCUGCCAGAAGAUCGUGGAGCGAGACGUGUCUCACACCCUGAAGCUGCUGCGCGCAUGCGCCAAGCACUACCACAACGGCACCCUGGAGCCCGACUGCUGGGACGCAGGCGCCAGGAGGAAGGGGCAGCUCAAGUGCACGGGCGUGCCACGCAAGUGCACCAGGUACAAUGCCGUGUAUCAGAUCCUGCACUACUUGGUGGACAAGGACUUCCUGCCCCUGAAGGCAGCUGACCCCGCCGCACCGGCACUCAAGUACAGCAUGCUGUUCUCUCCCACGGAGAAGGGGGAGAGCAUGAUGGACAUUUACCUGGACAACUUCGAGCCCUGGAACGGCUCAGAUGGCGUCACCACCGUCGCCGGCAUCGAAUUCGGCAUCAAACACAGCCUGUUCCAGGACUACCUCCUCACGGACACCGCAUACCCGGCCAUCGCGGUCCUGCUGGUCCUCCUGGUCAUGUGCGCCUACACCAGGUCCCUGUUCAUCACGCUGAUGACCAUGUUCGCUGUCAUCAGCUCCCUCAUCGUUUCCUAUUUUCUCUACCGCGUGGUGUUCAACUUUGAGUUCUUCCCUUUCAUGAACCUCACCGCACUUGUUAUUCUGGUUGGAAUUGGCGCUGAUGACGCGUUUGUCCUGUGUGAUGUGUGGAGCUACACCAAGUUCGACCGGCCGCACGCGGCGACCACGGAGACGGUGGGUGUCACUCUGCAGCACGCGGCGCUGUCCAUGUUUGUCACCAGCUUCACCACGGCCGCCGCCUUCUAUGCCAACUACGUGAGCAACAUCACCGCCAUCCGCUGCUUCGGCGUGUACGCGGGGACCGCCAUCCUGGUGAACUAUGUGCUGAUGGUUACGUGGCUCCCGGCCGUUGUCGUCCUGCACGAGCGCUACCUCCUCAACAUGUUCAGCUGCUUCAAGAAGCCACCGCAGCAGGUCUACGAGGGCAAGAGCUGCUGGACUGUGGCCCGCCGGACGUGCCACAGAGCACUGUUUGCCAUUUCAGAAGCAUCGCGCAUUUUUUUUGAGAAGGUGUUGCCGUGCAUCGUUAUUAAGUUCCGCUACCUUUGGCUGCUGUGGUUCCUGGCUCUGACUGUGGGCGGGGCCUAUGUCGUAUGCGUGAACCCCAAGAUGAAGCUGCCCUCCCUGGAGCUGUCUGAGUUUCAGCUGUUCAGGCCUUCCCACCCCUUUGAGCGCUACGACGCUGAGUACAAGAAGCUCUUCAUGUUUGAGCGCGUCCACCGUGGCGAGGAGCUGCACAUGCCCAUCACUGUGGUCUGGGGCGUGUCCCCAGAAGACAACGGCGAUCCCCUGAACCCCAAGAGUAAAGGGAAGCUGGCGUUGGACGGCAGCUUUAACAUCGCAAGCCCGGCUUCCCAGGUCUGGAUCUUGCACUUCUGUCAGAAACUGAGAAACCAGACUUUCUUCUACCAGACGGGGGAACAGGACUUCACCAGCUGCUUCAUCGAGACGUUCAAGCAGUGGAUGGAGAACCAGGACUGCGACGAGCCCGCCCUGUACCUGUGCUGCCGGCGCUGGAGCUUCCCCUACAAGCAGGAGGUCUUCGAGCUGUGCAUCAAGAGGGCCAUCAUGGAGCUGGAGAGGGGUACGGGCUACCAUCUGGACAGCAAGACCCCGGGGCCGCGGUUCGAUGUUAACGACACCAUCCGGGCGGUGGUGCUGGAGUUCCAGAGCACCUACCUCUUCACGCUGGCCUAUGAGAAGAUGCACCAGUUCUAUGAGGAGGUGGACGCCUGGAUCUCCCGGGAGCUGAGCUCUGCCCCCGAGGGCCUCAGCAACGGCUGGUUCGUCAGCAAUCUGGAGUUCUACGACCUCCAGGAUAGCCUGUCCAACGGCACGCUCGUUGCCAUGGGGCUGUCCGUGGCCGUGGCCUUCAGUGUUAUGCUGCUUACCACCUGGAACGUCAUCGUAAGCCUGUACGCCAUCAUGUCUAUCGCCGGGACCAUAUUUGUCACCGUCGGCGCCCUCGUCCUGCUGGGCUGGGAGCUGAACGUCCUGGAGUCUGUCAUCAUUUCCGUGGCCGUUGGCCUGUCCGUGGACUUUGCCGUCCACUACGGGGUUGCUUACCGCCUGGCCCCGGAUGCCGACCGGGAGGGGAAGGUGAUCUUCUCCCUGAGCCGCAUGGGCUCCGCCAUUGCCAUGGCCGCCCUGACCACCUUUGUGGCCGGGGCCAUGAUGAUGCCAUCCACGGUUCUGGCAUACACCCAGCUGGGCACCUUCAUGAUGCUCAUCAUGUGCGUCAGCUGGGCCUUUGCCACCUUCUUUUUCCAGUGCAUGUGCCGCUGCCUCGGGCCGCAGGGCACCUGUGGGCAGAUUCCACUCCCCAGGAAGCUCCGGUGCAGUGCCUUCUCCCACGCCCUGUCUGUGACCCCUGUCGACAAGGGGCAGAGCAAAACACAUGCCGUGAAUGCGUAUCAUUUAGACCCCAGGGCCCAGAAACCCGACGUGGAGCACGAGUUUUAUGAAUUAGAGCCUCUGACGUCCCACAGCUGCACCGCAUCUGGGAAGGCGGCUUAUGAGGAGACCCACAUGUGCUCUGAGUUUUUCGGCGGCCAGGCCAAGAGUCUGGGGCUGCCCGUGCACGCCACUUACAGUCCAAGCUCCAGACACGAAGCCAGCUCCGCCUCCUUCCCGCCCGCUCUCGAGCAGCACACCCUGUGUCACUUCUUCUCUCUCAGUCAGAGGUGUGGUUGCCCAAACGCCUACAGACACCUGAGCCCCAGCCCGCACGUGUGCCAGCAGGCAGGUGACGGCCUGUGCCCCCGAUGCGCCGCCGCCGCCACCAGCAGCAGCUUAGUGCACGUGCAGAAGGGCGUGGCGCCCCUGCAGGCCGCACAGCAGGCCCCCGAAGGCUUCAUGUGCGCCGUCCCACACAUCUGCCACUGCGCCUGCCUGCAGGGCAGAGCCAGACGGCCGGGAGCACAGAGUCCUCUGCCCACAGGCCUCUUCCUCCACCCGGUGCAGCACGGGCAGGCCCAGGAGAAAGGCGGCAAGGCCAGCGCCCACGGCACCCAGGGCACGGGAGAGCCCAGUCCACAGACGCCGGAGCCGCCGUCCUUUGUCCGCAGAAGCCCCGGGUCCUUGCGAAAACCGAACUGCUGUGAUCCCGAAAACAGCCAAAGGGGACUCUCCAGAAACAGAGAGCUCGGGAACAUGGAGGGCAGUGGAGGGGCCUUGAAGAAGGGCUCGGGGCUGGGGGCUCAGGCGGACGAGGCAGAUAGGAAAGCAGAGCCAUGCCUGUCACAGGACUCGGAACAUUCAAAUCAGAAAGAACCGAAACCCAUAUUUAACCGUGGCACGGGGGACACCCGGUGCUGCCCUAAUGACCCCCAGAGCUGUGGCCGAGGGGUCCGGCUGACGUGCGGUUCUGCGGGCCGUCAGAUGCCAGAGCUUGAAGCCAAUGGGCCCCCUGCGCUGACACACUCGGAACUUUCUGGUGAAAGUUUGUUAAUAAAAACACUUUAAUAAAUAUAGUGUUAAAUUCAGAA